GUGGAACUGGUCAACGGGAUUGUGCCGGCUCAGGCGCCUUACUUUCUAGGGAAUGAAGGCAGAAGCCUGAGCGGGGCGGGAGCAGCACCAGGUUCAUCACAACAAGAACAGCAGGGACUUGGGGAGCAUGAAAAUGAUACUUUGAUGUACACAACAUCCGGAUACGGAAAGGCACCAGGGUCUAGUACUAGUGAAAGUGAGAUCGCGGUUCCAUUGGAUACGGCGCGGGGACCGUUACGCACAUCCGUGAUCGGAGACUUGCUGGUUGUGCAUCGUGUUGACCGAGGGUGGAGCUGGGUCUACGACGUGCGAUGUCCGCAGAGCCAGGCGAUAGGGUUCUUUCGCUCCUUUGAUAACGCGCUGGACUACAUAUCCGCAUCAAACGUAGUCCUGGACCGAGGGCAGGGCCGUUUGUUCUCUUUGGAGCUGGAUCUGCACCAAGUCCUGGCUUUUUUCGAACGCAACUUCACGCUCUUUCGCCGAAAUUUCGUACAUCAGACGCUGGAGGAGAGUAUUCUGAAAGAGUUCGGGCAGCAGUUUUCGGCUGGCGCGGAGGCGAGUGGCGCGUUUCCUGCUCUGAACGCACUCACCGGCGGACUGGCCGGUGCAGCGGCGCUGGCGACCUCGGUCCACACCGGUGGCGAGUCGGCGUCCGCGAUCCUCAGUGCCGCAGGCAGCGCGGCGGCGGGAGCUGCAGGCGCCGGCGGCGAUAAGGGCAUGGUUGAGGUACCGCCGACUUCGUACGAGGAAUACCUGCGGCAAGUCGCCAGCAAGGUAGCCGCAGAGCAGAAAAACGUGCACCGCCGUGGUGCGUCGCGCGAUGCGUUGGACCCCUCAAGAUUUGGAUCGGGUUCAAGGCUGAGCCUUCUCUCCACCUACCUGCUGGGUCUCUUACUGCGGCGUCCGAACUCACGCGACAGGGUGCGCUUUUUGCUCGAGCGGGCGCUGGAAAACAGGCUUUCAUUGGAGGAGUGGGCGCACGACUUUGGAGUCCUGAACCAGGCUUAUCGAGCGGCCAUUGAUGCAGCAGUCGAAGUCGGCGCGUCCCGUAGUCUGACCGCAUCCGCAGAGCAGGAAAGCAGUGCUGGUGGAACACCAAAGAAGACGAAUGAUGAUAGCGAGCAGCAGGUAGUAGAAGCAGAUGGUGCUGCCCCGGGAGGAGGCGACGCGACGAAAGAGAAGAGUUCAACAUCUCCGAAGGAUGAUGACGAGCGCGUGUCGGUCUCUGCGCUCGUCUCCUACCUACGAGCGACCGGCCGCACGGCCUUGACAGACAAGGACGUGGUCCUAGACGUCUUUAUUCCGUUUUUCCACCGGUGCCAUGGAAGCAGCGCGCAGUUUGUUGUCGAAGUUGAAGAUAGUCGUGGAGACAGAGUUUCCACCAAAGAUCAGGCACAGGAAGACGCUUCUUCUGUCGUGAAUUCUGACCCCACGAUGAGCUCGCCGAUGGGCGGACCGGGAGGUGCCCGGGAAUCGUCCGCGAGCACCUGGCGGGACGCAUACCAACUGCAGCCUGACAACUUGCGACCGAUACAACUUGUGCACCGGCGGGGCGAGCCUGACAGCUGUUCCACUGUCCCGUGCCUGCGUUGGACGCAACCGAGUGCUCUUUUCUUUCGACGCGACUCGUACUAUGGCACGGCUCCGGCGGGUGCGAACGAAGCUGCUCCGAAAGACAUUUUCGCGCCACCACCGCGUGCAGCAGCCGGCGACGCCAGUACUAGUUGUACAAAUAGCGGUCCAUCACCAUCUCCUACUAUCCCAUCAGGUGCUGGGCCUAUCCAGGCUCCCACGUCAGCACCGUACUUACUCCAGGUUGCCAUCGUGUAUUUGAACAGUCUGCUGAAUUUGCAGAUUAUGCCGCAUCGCGUCUUGCAGUGCUUUCUUUUCGAUCUGUGCGUCUACUACGAGCAGUUCCACGUGCUUCAGCAGCUCCUGCACUACCACGUGCUCCUAGACGACCCGGACCUGUGUCGGCGACUGGUCUCGCUGCUCCUUGCCACCGAGAACGUACCGCAGACGAUUUUUCUGGUUGACCACGAUCCCGCACGAGAUGGAACAGAUGUUCACGACGAAGCUAGAACAACAAGGAAAGCGCAGAGAGACUUGUACUUGAAAAACUUGCGAAAGAACCGCACGUGGCUGACGCAGGCAGCGUUGGACAUGGCGUUGCGGUUUCGAGACUUCUUCACUGUAGCAGACAUCUUGGUGUUGAGCGAGCAGUACGUAGAUGCUAUUUUCCUGAUUAAGCAGACGCAAUUGGCAAGCUAUCCACUGGCACACCUCUUGCAGCGCGUUUUCACGCAAAUAGCGGAUGAAGUGCGCCUCAGCUGUGCACUAGAACGGCAGCGUAAGAAUGCAAGCGCAGCAGAAAACGAUGAGGAGAGGGAAGUGAAUUCAGCUUCUUCCCUGGAGCCAAAGUCAUCAACUGCUGGCGAAAAAGGCGAUGCCAGCCAUGGUGACCUGAACAACGUUGAAGCGGCAAAUCCUAGUACAACGGCCUUAGACGACGUGGAAACACUAUUGGAGCAGUUGCAGCGAGCGCUCGCUGAGGGUGCGAGGACACAACAGUUAGCAGAUGUGGCGCUGCGGAAGGCAAAUGGAGAGAAAAGUCGUAGUUCAGGAAUCGGCAGGUAUGUCACUGUCUUAAGGAGCUGUCUUCGCGAAAUACGUCUAUGGCAACAGCAGGCGGAGGACACAGCACAAACGGAUGACCCGUUACCCUUCCCGAACAUUGCUGACUGUGAAUUCUUUGGCUUGUUGUCGGAAACUUCGCUUCAAGACCACGAAGGGGAGGAGGUGAAUCAUCCUGCGGCUUUUCACCAACCCCUAUUAGGUCAAGACGAGCGUGAGACAGUCUACGCUAGCUGACGUUUCUACGCUAACCCAUGCAUCCUGACGUCCGCACGCAUUUGUUCUUACCCACGGCGAUUAAAUUCCCGUUCCCGCGUUCCUGAAACAUUCUCCCAAGGAAGGCGUCACCAAUGCUCUAGCUGCAAAGAGAAGCCAAGAUAAUCGCACGUGACGUUCACUUGAGUGCGUAAGCAGGCUCUUGUACAGGCAUUGUAUUCGCUCUAGGUCAAUCAGACUCUCAACAUCAGUGUUUCCAUCAAAUGGCUGCCAAACAGAUUGAUGUCUAGUCCUGCGGCCCUAGGCGGGUGGACUUAGAUGUAUCACCAUUCUGCUUCGAAGAAAGCACUUUUCCCGCUUAGUCGAGAGGACACACUUUUCAGUGUGGAUGUGAAAAUAACGGAAAAAUAACCAGUUUCUCUAGGUACUAGUUUACACUACAAACUUCGACUCGAUAAGCAGCAAAGAGUCAAAAGUACUCUUAUUGCGGUUGUAACGUGUGCGUGUUCAGGAUGUUUGAGCGAAC